GGUUUCAGACCUGCAGAAGAAGGUCAACUAGGAGGAAAUGACAAAGGAAUGGAAGAAGCGGUUCAUAGUGGAUGACGCACCCGUGCUCGCCAUCAACCGCAUCUUCGCGAUGGCUCAAGGGAGCACAUCGACACGUGACUGGCUCACGGAUUGGCAGAAGAUCGUGGCCACGCCCGAUCGGGACUUGCCAUUUCCGCAUCUACGCCGUGAGUUCUACAACAGGUCAUGCGCCGCUCUGAGCCUCGCACUAGGUGAUCGCGAGCAGUACAUCACUUUCACAGAGAUCAUCAACAAGGCGAGAGAGAUCAUCAAGACCAACAGGGCGGCUGCACACGAGAAGUCAACGUGGCAGCCAACCUAUGUGGAGAAGGUACGAACUGGUCCGCGACAGCAGCAGUUCGCUGCAGUCCAAUCGGACAGUGGAGAAGACCCAGCAGCCAUUCCAGCAUCACGUGAGGGAGAUCAGGUGGCUGCUGUCCAGCCGCGAAGCAACAAGCCCCGAGUGAACGGGAAGGCGAAACCAGCAUCGCAGGCCGGAAACGGACAGCCAGCACCACCAUGGGUCAAGUUCGGCUUGACCGAGGCCGAGUACAAGUACCGCAACCAUUACGGCUGCUCUUCGCCGCUAUCUAUCGUCGGGGAUUCAUCGUCGUGGUCAAGACUUGAGGUGCUUGACCCACUGAUGUUCACGGACUUCCAGUGGAUGCCCGUUCCCCAGACCGGACGAUUGUCGAAACCGCAUUGCAAUGUGCUCAUGGCACAACUGCGAGAUUACUUGCACACUGCAGUACCAGCUCCGUUGAUGGACGCCGGAGUACAGGUUGUCGACCUUCACGCUUACAUUGCGAAGAUCGACCGCGAGUUCAAGACGCAACGGUACGACGACAUCGACUCACCAUUGCUAUAUGUACGCAUUCAGAUCGGAGAGGCGACCAGCAACGCCUUGAUCGAUUGCGGAGCAUCUCGCAACUAUAUCAGCCAGGACUUCAUGGUGCGCGCCGACCUUGGCCCACGUGUCCGAAGGAAGUCCCAGCCUACGCAAGUCACUUUGGCAGACGGUCAUACGCACAAGUCCAUCGACCAGUGCAUUGACGCCGUCCCCGUGUACUUCGCCCCUCACGCAAGUGAGGCGGUGUCCUUUGAUAUUCUGGACACCAAAUUUGACAUGAUCUUGGGCAUGUCAUGGCUGCGAAGCGAGAAUCACCCGGUGAACUUCUUCCACCGCACCGUUCACAUUCGUGAUCGGAACGGAGUAUUAGUUCCAUGCACGGUACCUCUUCCUCAUCCUUCGAUCAGUUGCCAUGUGGUAUCCGCCGCAAGCAUGCGAGCAUCCAUCAUCAGAGACGACAUCGAGGAGAUGGGGGUGUGUUUUCUCCACGCCCUCCCGCCCCGAGACACUUCAUCGACGGACUCAUCUUCGGAUCCACGCAUCACCGAACUUCUCGACGCCUACAGCGACGUGUUCGAAGGCCCGCACGAAGUAGUACUGGAUCGACCCAUCCGCCACGAGAUCAUCCUCGAGGACGGGGCCGUGCCUCCGCGCGGUUGCAUCUACCGAAUGAGCGAGGAAGAGUUAAGUGUGCUCCGUGCACAACUCGACGAUCUUCUAGAGAAAGGCUGGAUUCGGCCUAGCUCAUCGCCAUACGGUGCUCCUGUUCUCUUCGUCCGGAAGAAGAACAAGGACCUGCGGUUGUGCAUCGAUUAUCGCAAGCUCAACGCGCAGACGAUCAGGAACGCCGGCCCUCUCCCACGCAUCGACGAUCUUCUCGAGCGACUGGGCGGCACCAAGUUCUUCUCCAAGCUCGAUCUCAAGUCGGGAUAUCACCAACUCGAGAUUCGCAAGGAGGAUUGCUACAAGACCGCGUUUAAGACGCGAUAUGGGCAUUUCGAAUGGCUGGUCAUGCCAUUUGGCCUUACCCCAACCACUUUCCAAGCGGCUAUGACAACGGAGUUCCGACACAUGCUCGAUCGUUACGUACUUAUCUACCUCGACGACAUCCUAGUGUACAGCCGGAGUUUGGAGGAGCAUGUGGAACACUUGCGCACCGUUUUGCAGCGGCUACGUCAAGCCAAGUACAAAGUCAACCGCGACAAGUGCGAAUUCGCGCGGCAGGAGCUGGAGUACUUGGGACACUAUGUGACGCCGCAAGGCAUCCGUCCGCUUGCGGACAAGAUUGAGGCCCUACGAGUAUGGCCCGAGCCCACCAACACCACGGAMGUUCGUUCAUUCAUGGGGUUGGCGGGCUACUAUCAGCGAUUCAUCACCGGAUACUCCAGGAUUGCUGCACCUAUGACGAGGUUACAGUCGCCAAAGGUGCCAUUCGUAUUCGAUGACGACAUGCGCCAAUCAUUCCAAGCACUUAAGACGGCUAUGCUUAUAGCACCCGUCCUUAGCAUCUAUGACCCCACCCUGCCGACGAGAGUGAUUACGGACGCUUCAGGCUACGGCAUUGGGGCAGUCUUGGAACAGCACGACGGCGACGACUAGCACCCGGUGGAGUAUUUCAGCCACAAAGUG